UCUGAUGAUGACAAUAACGCAGAUGAUGAUAAUGAUGAUGUGGUGGAAGACAAUGAUGGGAAUAGAAAUGAAGAUUCUGACAAAGGUGAUGUAAGGAAUGAAGAUACUGAUAACAAUAAUGGUAGCAAGACUGUAACAAGGGAUACAAGUACAGAUUUAAACAAUGGUGUCCAGGAUGAUAUAACAGCAGGUCCAUCUAGUGCGAACCAGACAAACAACGAAGUAACUAUGAAACCUGAUGGUACACAGAUAGAUUCCCAAAAUGACGAAGGUAAAGAGCAGAGUUGGAAAAAGGCAGACAGAUGGUAUGCUGCAAAUAGGAUAUUGAAACAAAGAACUAAGGAAGGAAGAAAGGAGUUCUUCCUUGAAUGGUCAGAUACAAAAUCCAAGCCGUCAUGGGAACCCGAAGAUAAUGUGAAGCCUGAAUUGAUUAGACAGUUUUACAUUAAACAUACAAGAGUAGGAAAACGGAGAAAGCUUGACUGGAGUCGACUCAUGAUGUUGAUGUCCUUCAUGAUUUUUGGUUCCACUUUGGUGUCUGGUAGUCCGACAGAGCUGCAACGGCUUAACUAUGGUGUAGUGUUUGAGUCACAGGAUCCAGUACAGCUCGCGACAGAGAGCUGGAUCCAUACCUUUGCCAUUGAAUUGCCAGAGAGCAUAAAUAUUGUAGACCUGACGGGUUGUAGUAAAGGUCCAAAAACGUGUAAAAUUGUGAAUGAAGUGUUACUCGAAAUAAAUCAAGUUAGAGAGGAAACAGAAGUUAUGAUUAGCACACCAUCGACUCCAUUAUUAGGCUUAUUCCAGAGAGAAACCUUGUAA